UUUUUUUUAUAAAUAUUCUACACGACUGUUAAAUUUUAUACUUUUAUCUUACCAGCAACCAAUUUAUUCACCGGGCUUUUUUUUUGGAUUAACUGUUUCCAAUGGGCUACCGAUUUCUACAUCUCAUCAAGCCUUUCAUGGGCAUACUUCCGGAGGUCAUACCACCAGACCGAAAGGUUCUUUUUCGUCACAAAGUAUUGUGGACAGCUGUCACACUUUGCAUUUUUUUAGUGUGUUCGCAAAUUCCACUCUAUGGUAUCAUGUCCUCCGAUUCUUCAGAUCCCCUGUAUUGGUUGCGUGUAAUUCUUGCAUCAAACAGAGGUACAUUGAUGGAACUCGGUAUUACACCCAUUGUAACUUCGGGCAUGAUCAUGCAACUUUUAGCUGGUGCUAACCUCAUUGAGGUUGAUUUCAGUUUGAAAGAAGAUAGAGCGUUGUUUAGUGGUGCUCAAAAACUUUUCGCAAUGGUCUUUGCCUUUGGUCAAGCUACUGUGUCCGUAAUGACAGGGUUGUACGGUAACCCCUCUGAAAUUGGAGCUGGUGUUUGUUUAUUACUUAUUAUCCAACUUGUUGUUGCCGGUCUUAUCUCUAUGCUUUUGGACGAACUUUUGCAAAAAGGAUAUGGACUUGGUUCUGGCAUUUCACUUUUUAUCGCUACAAACAUUUGUGAAUCCAUUGUUUGGAAGGCAUUCAGUCCUACAACUGUUAAUACCGGCCGUGGACCUGAAUUCGAAGGAGCAAUUAUUGCUUUAUUCCAUUUACUUAUUACCCGCGGUGAUAAAACGCGUGCUUUGAAAGAAGCAUUUUACCGAACAAAUUUACCGAAUAUCAUGAAUUUAUUGUCUACUGUGGUUGUUUUCGCUAUUGUGAUUUAUCUUCAAGGUUUCCGGGUUGAACUUCCUGUAACAUCUAAUCGUUCUCGUGGUCAACGUGGAACUUAUCCGGUCAAACUUUUCUACACUUCAAAUAUGCCUAUCAUGCUCCAAUCUGCUCUCACCUCCAAUAUUUUCCUUAUCUCUCAAAUGUUAUACACUCGAUUCCCGGACAAUUUACUUGUUAGAUUUCUCGGUGUUUGGACUCCUCAUGAGGGUUCAAAUCAAAACUAUGCAUCUGCAGGUCUUGCAUAUUAUAUGUCUCCGCCACAUAGUAUCACAGAUUCUCUUUUAGAUCCUAUUCAUACAACAAUAUAUAUUUUAUUUAUGUUAACUGCAUGUGCUCUUUUCUCAAAGACUUGGAUUGAAGUUUCAGGUUCUUCACCACGUGAAGUUGCAAAACAACUUAAAGAUCAGGGUAUGACGAUUACUGGGCAUCGGGAUACUUCAACGUAUAAGGAAUUGAAACGGGUUAUUCCUACAGCGGCAGCUUUCGGAGGCGCCUGUAUCGGUGCUUUAUCCGUUCUUGCCGAUUUGCUUGGUGCACUUGGUUCUGGCACUGGUAUACUGUUAGCUGUCACUAUCAUAUACUCCUAUUUUGAAAUGUUUGUUAAAGAACAAGUAGCUGAAGGUGGUAUCGAUGCAUUAUUGUUUUAAUUAUAACAUUGAACAUUUAUUUUACAAUACUAUAACUUAGCUGACUUAUAUCAUUAAUUAGUUAUAUCAUUUAUUAUUAUUUCCUUGUAAAUGUUUUCAUUUUGCUUAAAAAAAAAACAAAUUUUGAUUAUAACAUAAAAUCAAUGAGAGAUAUAUAGUAAAGGAGUUUUUUAGAUGAAGAGUGUGUGAAAAAAAAAAAAAUAAUUAUUUAAUA